GGCCUUAAUUGCCCAAUAUCCAACUGGGUAAUCCGGCAAAAAAAAUCACCGUGCUAUUUGAUACAGGGAGUAGCAUGCCUUGGGUUUCCUGCAAGACACCAGGUGGAUCCUGUGCUACUACUCUGACAGCAUUAUUUGACCCCAAAUUGUCGUCAACAUCCUCUCUCCUCGCCUGGUCAGACAAAAGAUGUCAAAAUAUGGUCUCCGUUGUGUUAGCAGUCUGCAACAAAUCAACCGAUUUAUGCGAAUUAGAUCUUCCUUAUGGCCCUGGAGCUGCUAUCGUUUCUAGCACAACCGGAUUCUAUGUAUCUGACAUUGUGCACUUGGAGAUUCUCGAUGCACUUGGACGCACAUCCUCUGCAUCUGUCACUACUCUGUUUGGGUGUAGCACUUCACGGUCAGGUGACCUAGCUGAGGCAACAUUUGAUGGAAUUUUUACCUUUUCACCGUAUCAACUGUCCUUUAGUUCCCAGCUACACUCUAACGGGGUAUCACCAGCCGUUUUCUCUUUAUGUUUGAGGAGUUCUAAUGGUGGUGGAAUUCUUGUAUUUGGAGAUGUUUUGGAGGCGGGACUUGUAUACACUCCAUUAUUACCAUCUCCGUAA